AUGAAAGAUGUCUGCGGUAGAGUUGAGGUUUAUCGGAAGCUAGUUAUAGCGAGUCGCCUUCAAGCGUCUCUUUUUAACAAAGCAAUAAUGAGAGGAGAAAAAAGAAAAUCUUCUAUGAAGACCCGGCAAGAAGCGAAUAUAAAUUGGAUAUUAAAUUCUCGGGAACCAACUCCAAUCGCUUUUUUUCGCUUAACCCAUCCAACAGCGCGUGCACGGGCAUUAUCAAAAGAUAGGAAAUGUUUUGAUCUUGCUUUGGGUCGUAGUGAGGGCAAUAAGCUCGAUAAGCUUAGAGACGUGAAUAAUGACGAAGAAACUUUACAAAGAGAUUGGGAGACUUGGCUAAAGAAAAAAAGUUCUUGUCGAGCAAAUCGUGAUACAGGUCUGCGCAUUCAACAAGAUUUUACAUCAACUAUGACCAAUAUUGUCGGUAUUGUCGGUACAAUAAAAAGUGAUGACAAUAAGGAGAAUGAUUUUGAUAUUGAAGAACACAGUAACAGAAAACAUCAAUUAGAGGAGGUAGAUGGUGAAGAACUUAAUAAUGAAAUACCGAUAGCUUCGGUUCCAUUAUUUACGAAAAAGGCGAGAUCAGAGGACAGUGAUGUUGAUGAGGAGCACGAAGACAUCUAUAUUAGAGCUGUUCAUCUAGCUCACAAGCUCGAACCAUCGGAAGUUGACAAAAUCAAAACUGCCCGUUAUAAAAAAUGGGAGUCGGAAGCAAAACCUUUAAUAAACACAUAUCAUAAUUAUCUGGAAGUUGAAUCAGUUUUCGAUGACAUUUACUUGGAUGAUGCAAUUGAGAUCGUUGCUAAGAAGCCGUAUAAUGGAGUUUUCAUUUAUAAAAAACAUUACGAAUUGAAUUGGGUACAAGAUAUAUAUAGACGUUUUUUAAUGAUCUUUAUGGCACCUAUCAAUCAGCUAUUGGACCCCGAACAGACAGAAUUUUCUUAUAGAGAAAAUUUCAUUAAUCCUAUAUUCGCGAAAGUAUUCGACGACUUAAUGGAAAUCAUUCAUAUGAGGACCGGUGAAAUCGAAAAUAUGUUGAUAAAAGCUCAACGUAUCGAGACGCGAGUACGCACACAACGGCUCAGUCUUGGUUGCCGUCAGGAUGGUGUAAUUAUUGUUAAUGUAAAUGGGACUUCGAUGGAAGUUGGGUUCAUGGAGGUGGUUGGAAGUGCUGUCUAUGAUGAUCUUACCAAACUAUCCGAGGAUCUAGAGAAAGUGCUAAAAUGCAUGCAAAUUUCUCUAUUCUACCAACGACAGCAUCAUCUUCAACGAGGAGCAUCAGAAAAACAAUUGCAAAUCUUGGAGUCCUACGAACGGGCGGCCACAAUAUACACUAUGCACUGUGCAAGCGGUUUAUACAUAGUGGAUAAAAUGACUGAGUUCUUCAUUCCAAAUUCCAAGGACCAAUUGCAUGUGCUCAAAGAAGAAGUGAUCGAAAAGGUAUACAUGUUCAAGAGUCGUGUCAUUGACUAUUACCUCAAACUUAGUAAGCUUACACCAAACUUCACACAUACAUAUGUUAAAGUUGAUGAGCUUCCUACUACAGCUUCGCCUUCAAGGAAGAAAAAGUUAAUUGGCCAAGAUAUAUGA